AUGCCUGGGGAGCAGCCCCUCGGAGCGCCACCCCCAACCAUGACUGGAGACCUGCAGCCCUGCCCGGGGGCCAGUGGCACAGGGGGCCCCCUGCGGCCCCCCGGAGAGAUCAGUGCCCUGGCCAACAGGACCACCAAGGCCAUGGGCAGCAGGGCCCAGGCCAUGGAUGACCCCAAGACCCAGGCGCAGCAGGCUGGGAAAGGGGUGGCCGAGGCCCCUCUCCCCAGAGUGCAGGCCCUGAGCAGCGUCCCCAGCAAGGGCAGUAGCCCCCAAACCCCAGCGGGAAGCAACCUCAUGCAGGCUCAUGUCCGGCGGGCAGGCAGGGUGGCCGGCAGCCCCCAGCAGCUCUACAGUCUGAGCAUCGCCAGCACAAGGCCCAAACCCACCCUGGAUGGGAAGACCCCUGAGAGCCUGCAGCCCGAGGCCCUCCAGCCCCUAGACGCAGAAGCGCCCCCAAGCCAAGGGACCAGAGCCGGUCUCAGGCCUGGCCAUCCCAGGACCGAGGCCUCCCCUGCCCCAGAGGAGCUCAGCUUCCAGAAGUGCUUCCAGGAGACCCCCUCCAGCUUUACCUCCACCAACUAUACCUCACCGAGUGCCACCCCGGGGCCCCCGCCCCUCAGGGCCCCCCAGAGCAGGGGCACUAGCCCCUGUCGGCCGGCCUCCUACCUGGAAUUCCAGGCCAGUGGGGCCGACGCCUGGCCUCCCCCAGCUGAGAACAGCUUCCCAGGUGCUAGUUUUGGGGUCCCCCCCACUGAGCCGGAGCCCUUUUCCGAAGGCGGCAGCCCUGGGGCAGCGGCCUUUCAGUACCCCUUCCCGGAGCUGCACGGGGCCAGCCGGAGACCCUUCCCAGAGGACAUGGCUGGGCCCAAGUACCCUGAACGGGCGCUGGUGCUUGCCUUCCACCAGCCUCGGGGGGCAUGGCCGGAGGCGGUGGGCACGGGCCCAGCCUACCCCCUGCCUGCCCGCCCGGUCCCCCCGCCCCCGCCCUGCUACUCCAGCCGACCCGGCAGCCUCGAGGCCCCCAGCGACCUUGGCGGUGUGCCCCCUCCCCCUAGUACUGCUCCCCCAGCCCCCAAGCCCUUCUCGGAGAGCGCAGCCACCUUCCAGGAUGGUUUGCACGAGAACAUGACCAAAGUGCUCCCUGAGAGACCUCCUUCGGCCCACGAAGGGCUGGGGAGCCCCAGGGGGCCCCCAAACUCCCUGUCCCAGAGGCAGUUUCCCGGGCAGGCCUAUGGAAGCCCUGGAGCCAGCGGGGUGGGCACCAGCCCAGGGCCUCGGGACACAGAGCUGGCCGCCUCAGGGCCCCCCACUGCCAGACUGCCCCCGCUGUGGGACCCCGCCCCAGCCCCUUACCCUCCACCUCCCCUGGGUCCCCCAGCCACCACAUUCUUCGAAGCCCAGCCCAGCCCAGGCCAGCGGCUCAGCCUGCCCCAGAGCCCCCCGCUGCCCUGGCCCCAGGUGCUCCCGGCCGCCGGGCCCGGCCCCCACCAAAUGGAGAUGCUGAACCGGCUGCCCUUCCCCCCGGGGGCCCCCGAGUGGCAGGGGGGCAGCCAGGGAGCCCUGGGUGCUGUGGGCAAGACUCCCGGGCCGGGUGAGAAGCUGGCCGUCCUGAGAAACAGCCCGGGCCAGCACGGCAGUGGCUCCCCUGGCCUGUUUGCCUACAAUGGGCUGAAGGACCCAGGAGCCCAGCCCCUGUUCUUUGGGGCAGCCCAGCCCCAGGCCUCAACCCGGGGACCCCCUGGCCUGCCCCUGCCCAGGGUGGUGGGAGCCUCCCCCAGUGAGUCCCCCCUGCCCUCGCCAGCCACCCACACUGCCAGCAGCACCUGCUCGUCACUCUCCCCACUGUCCAGCAGCCCAGCCAACCCCAGCUCAGACGAGAGCCAGGUGCCCGGGCCGCUCGUGCCCUCUGCCUUCUUCCACCCAGCCCCUCACCCACAGGAGGCUGGCAGCCCCUUCCCGUCCCCCGAGCCCUCACACAGCCUCCCCAUCCACUACCAGCCAGAGCCAGCCAAGACCUUCCCUUUCCCCACAGAGGGGCUGGAGGAGACCCCAUUCCCCAGCUCGGGGCUCCAGGCGGGCAGUGCAGGCCUGGAGGGCUUCCCCCAGGGGCCGCCCCCGUACUCCGCCCACCACUUCCCCCUCAGCAGCGCCAACCUGGACCAGCUGGACGUGCUGCUCACCUGCAGGCAGUGUGACCGGAACUACAGCAGCCUGGCCGCCUUCCUGGGCCACCGGCAGUUCUGCGGCCUGCUGCCAGCCAGGGCCCAGGACAGCCACCAGCAGCCCCCGGGGCUCCCCGCGCCCCCCAGAGUGCCAGCCGGCAGGACCCCGAGCCCGCUCAGCCACACCAGGACAGCUCCCUUCCUGCUGGGCGGAGACCUCCGGCCGGAUGGCAGAGACGAUCCCCUGCGGACGAGCUUCCUGCCCGGCCCCACCGCCACCCCCUUCCCACUCCCCACAGGGGACCUGGACCUGGAGGACGCUGCCAAGCUGGACAGCCUCAUCACAGAGGCGCUCAACGGCCUGGAGGACCAGUCCGACAGCCCCGAGAUCGACAGCAGCUUCAUUGACGUCUUCACCGACGAGGAACCUUCCGGCCCCAAGGGCCCCGCUGCUGGGCAGCCCCCCAAGGCCAGACUGGGGGCAACACCAGAGAACAAAGCCCCAGCCCCAGCCCUGCUCCCAGUAGUGGAUGUCCCGCUGGAGACCCAGCCCCGCCAGCCCGGGGAUGGAGGCAACCCGGCCGGCCCCAGGCCCAAAACCCGCUCCCUGGGCCCAGCUCCUGCAGAGACAGAUGAGGCCAGCCUGGCUGGCCAGCAGAGGAGAGGAAAGCGGUUCAAGUUGUUCCGGAAAGAGCUGGACACGGUUAACACCACCAAGAGGCCUGGCAGGGGCUCCAGGGCCGCCCGCCUGAGGCCACGGAGGAAAGGCCGGGCUGAGGCCCGCCCGCGGGCUCUCAGAACUCAGGCCCCCAAGAGCCACACGGACCCCGGGGGCCGGGCCCCGCUGGUGGAGACCAGGAGCUCCCGGCGCCUCCGGCUGUCCCCCGGCCAGGACUGCAGGCGGAGGCGGGCGCGGGGCGGCACCUGGAGCAAGGAGCUCAUCCACAAGAUCGUGCAGCAGAAGAACCGGGCUGGCGGGCGGGGCCCGGCCCCAGCCCCCGGCGCCGCAGACGGCGGGCCCCAGCACUACGACUGCACCGCCGCCUCCGAGUCUGAGGAGGAGGACGGACCACGGCCCCCUGGCUCCCGCUUCAGAGGCCGGCCCCGCCCCAGCGGCCGGCGAUGGCGCCGGGGUGAGAAGAGGAAGGAAGUGGACUUGACCCCAGGCCCCAGAGAGGACGGGCAGCAGCAGAAACCCAGGAAGGUGGUGAAGCAGGAGGCUGCGAGGUCCAGGGGCUACCCGGGCCCCGAGGAGCCGGGCAGGCCUGGGCCAGGCCCCAGCCAGAGUCCCAGGGCCCAGGGCCCAUUGCACGGCCCAAAGGCUGGAGUGGACCCAGAGGAGAAAGGCCCCCAGCAUCUCCUGCAGGAUCUCACCGGCACCGAGAUCCUAGCGGAGAGCCAUCCACCUCCAGGCUUCCCUCAAGACACUGAGACCCCUGAAAUCGCUGACGACCUUCCCCCUGAUGCCACGGAACUUCACAAGGAGGCUCCAGGCUCCUCUCCAGCUCCCUGCAGGGGAGGUGGCCCCUGCCCCUCAGCCCCAGAGCGACCACAGCUGCACGGGGAGGACACAGUGCUGCCCCUCGCAAGCUCACCCACAUUGGGUGCACGUCGGUGCUCGGAGCCAGUCGCCUCCCAGGACAGAGAGGGCCCACCUGCCUCUCCAUCCGGAGAAUCACUGGUGCCUGUUGCUAAUGCUGUCCAUACGGUCCACUCAGACCCCAGCACUCUCUUUGUGAAGACCCCUGGUCUUGGAGACCCCAUGGAGGCUCCAACUGCCAGAAAGGGGCCUCAGCCCUACAGUAGGCCCCGCAGUGAGCUGUUCCUUGGACCCAAAGACCUGGCCAGCUGUUUCCAUGAAGACCUCGGCUCCCGGUCCUCAGCCCUAGACAGCCCACUGGCCAUUAGGGCACACCUCCACCAGGAUGACCACAAUGCCAGUUCCCCAGAGCCAAAGCCGCCCAGGAGCCCACCCUACACAGGCAUCACAGACCCAGGCAGAGGCCAAUCGGCACUGGCCUUGGAGCCCACGCCCCUCCCCUUGGGGCUGCCCAGGGAUAACUUCGACCCGCCGACCUAUGGCAGCCUCUCUGGGCAUGGGGACACCCCUGUGCUGCGUGCGUGUGCUGCUCUUCCCCCGAGGAAACCCCAGCUAGACCCACCGUACCCCUCGUUUCUGCCUGAAAGGGGCUGGUCCCUGCUGGACGAAGUGUCCCCGGUGCCGCCUGGCCAUCCAGACCUUUUUCCCGGCCUCUCAGCGGAAAAGACUCUCAGUCAGCAGCGUCCCACUCAAGGGCCCGUGGCUGCCAGCCUCAGCGCUCUGCCCACCAGGGCUGUCGAGUGUAGCACCGCCAGUACCAGCGACCCAUCCGAGGAGGAGCUGGAGAUCAAACGGCUGGUCACGGAACUGGAGAGUCAGCUGCAGAGCAGAGGCCCGCAGAGGGCCCCAGGAGAGCCGUGCAGGGCCAGCACCACUGCCCCCCAGGAGCCACGUCCACACGGGGAGGGGGCAGACACCACGGGGGACGCCCUGGCAAGCCCCCAGGAGGAGUGGCCCUCACCCUUGGCCCCCAGCACCCACAAGGACAUGGUUCCUGGGGGUCCUUCCAGCCCCAUGGGGGCCAGCCUCAGUUUCCAAUCAGUGCAGAAAGCCAGAGUCCCAAAGACAAGUCUCCCCAGGGAAGUCUGCAUACCGGACCCCGUGUCAGAUGUGGGGUGUUUAGCAAAGUGCAGCCCAAGCCUGGAACCUUCGCUUCCUAAGGGUCAUGGGGCCCCUGGAACACAACAUGGCCAAGGCCUCCUGCUGCUCCUUCCCCGCCCACCGAGAGGGGGGCUUUCCCCGGGACCCUGCAAGGCACCUGGGCCCUGUCAAGAUCCUCUGAAGCUGGAGGCAUUCAGCAGCCCCACUGCCCAUCUAGCGCCUGGCUUGGCAUUUCAGGGUGCCGAGCUUCUGCCUCUGGGCGCCAUCCCACCUUCUGCCGCCAUUCAUAGCAGCGCCCCCAGGGGACACUCUGUGAGCAGCACAGGUGAGCCAGGAGGAACAGAGCUCCUGCCCCCUGUUGCGGCUGGGCCUGGCCCUGAGGGCAAGGAGGAGUUUGUGCCAGUGGGAGUCUCUCCAAGUUGUGCCUCCACACCCAACCCCAGCCUGGGCAGGAGACUCCAGAACCCAGCCUCCAGCCCACUUCAUCAGCUGCAGCUCCUGGUGGCCAGAGCAGCUGAGAGGGGAGAUGAUGCCCGGGGCUCAAGGGUGACCCCCACUGCUGAUGCCCAGAGCCCUCUGCACAGCAACCCCUCAGAUCUGGGAGGCGAUGGCAAGGAAGGAGAGACAAUGGCCCACAGCCCUGCCCUGGGCUCCCUGGGAGAUGUGCAGAUGACCACUGUGGCCGGACGUCAGCUGGAGCCAGACGAAGAUGGACAUGCAGGCACACAUGGCCAGGCCAGGAAGCCCAGGGGCCAAGCCAAAGCUGGCCACCUGAAGCCAGGUGACCGAGGGAGGCCAGGGAGACCGGACAGCUGCACCAUGGCCAGCGCCGACCCUGAAACCACACGGGCCGGGCUGGUCGGGGCUGCAGACCAGCCGGGGGCACAGCUCCAGGGAAGCAGGGUGGCCAUGGGCCUUUGCAACGAGGCACAGGCCACCCCAAGCCCCACCUCCUCUGAGGCAGACUCUGCAGUCCCAGCCUUAGUGGCAGCCCACACCCCAGACAGGCCCAGGGACUGGACUCUGGAGGCAGUGGCAGCUGGCCCAGGCCUUAGGAAGCAUCUGCUGUUCGCUGGGGAAAGCCCAGAGCCGCCCACCAGGAACCUGGCCAGCCACACCCGCUUGUCCACCUCUGCAGCCCCUUCUGAUCCCGGUGGCCUCAAGCCCCUACACCAGGAAGGCCCUCCCACGGCACCUUCAGGGGAGCUCCGGGAACUGCUCCCAGCAUCUCCACCCCACGGUGGGGCUGCCAGCUCUCAGCUUCUGUCGGCCGCUUCUCCCACCUGGACACCUCCAGAAGGGGCCGAGCGCAGCCCAGCACCCACAGGCACUGCGGCACCCCUGGCAGUGUCCCCCUCUUUGAAGACAAGCCGCCGUGGCCUCAAGGAAAGCCCAGCUCACCACCCUCUCCUAGGGGACGGCAGCCCCCUGGAAGACCCUCCCACGGAGCCCAGCUUCGUCAGUGUCGUCAGUGCUGCCCACGGAGGGGCCCGCCUUGGAGGUCAUGUGUCAAAAACCCUAGAAGCUUCCAGAAAAGAAAGGCCAGGGGACUCCCCUGCCCAUGCCACCCCUCCCCACCCAAUGACAGUCAGCACCCCGGGAAUGACUGUCAAGGCUGCUGCCCUGCCCAGUGUCCCCACCACAGAUGGCGUGGGGGCACUCAGAGGUCCCAGGGCUGAGUGGCCAGACCCCAGGGGAGUUCUGCCCAUCACCCACCCAGAUGGGGUGCCCACAGGCUCCUCCUCCGAAACCCUAGGCAACAGGGAAGGCCAGGGUGUCACCACUGUGCCCACUGACCCUUCCACACGUGGGGCCAUGUGGCCAGAUCCCCACACUUGCCAAGAAGGCAAGGCUCUGGCCAGCUUCCAAGGACAGGAGAGCCUGGAGACGCCUGGGGCCAGGCCCCCUGCCAUUACCAAGGCGUCCGAGGCUGGCGCCAGGGGUGUACCAGUGACCUGUCCUCCCACAGAGCUCUGCCCAGGCAGCACAACCAGUGACUCCAGAGCCCACUUCCCCCAAAGUGCCCUCCACCAGAGACCCCAGGCAAAUGCCCUCAGUCCCCAGGACCUCAGACAGAAGCCACGUGGCUUUAAAAAGAAGCCGGUGUUCACUGAGAAUGGCCACUGGAAGGGCGGAGCCCCCAGCGGGCGGCCGGUGACCUGCGAGGUCUGCUCAGCUUCCUUCCGCUCCGGGCCGGGCCUGAGCCGCCACCGAGCCAGGAAGCAUGGGCUGCACAAGGGUGCUGCGUCCCAGCCAAGCCCAGCGCCUUCACCUGCUCCCCAGACGUGCCAGCGCCCCGGGAAGGAGAGUCGCGGAGCACUGGGGAAGGAGGAACCUGGGCGCUUGGUGGGAGACCCCAGCCAGGCUGGGGAGCCGCCCCCUGUUUGUGGCUCUACAGCUCCUAAGGAUGCCCUGGGUCCCGAGAUAUCCAAGGGGCUCAGCCUUCUGGGAGCUCCAGGCUGUCCCCCAAGCUGGGAGCCACACGCCCCAGAUACAAUCAGGCAAGGGGUGGACGUGAGGCCUACAGAGCCUAGGAAACAGGACCGGCUGGGGAGGGAAGAGCUCCGACCCAAACAGGCAGAGAAAGGUGGGAGCCAGAGGCGCGGCAGACCACCCACAGAUUUCCCCAGCGAGUCAGAGGGGAAAUCUAACAAGAAAGUGAGGAAGCCCAGAGUGAGAAGGUUCCGGGAGGAGAGCAAUCCCCAGGUCCCUGCUGAUGUGACUGCAGACAGAAGCUGCUGGAGUCCAUCCACCUCCGCUGCCAACUGCUGCCGUCUCUCACCCAAGACAGAGCAAGAGACCAAGGCCACGGAGUUGCCUCCCGCAGCCACGGACCCGGAGGAGACACCUGCACAGAAGCCACCUGGGGACUGGGUGGCCUGUCCAAGGAUGGCGGAGGGAGCGCCUCCAGGGGAAGGGCCAGGGGAGCAGAAGGCAGCUCUGGCAAGAGGGUGUGGGGGACCCAGAGAGACCAGGACAUCUGUCAUCUGUGAAGAGCCACUGAGGAUGACUGGGCCUAAGCCUGCAGGGAACAGCAGAGAGGCUGACAGCAGAUCAGGGCACAGUGUCUGGGAGGAGCACGGGCCCCCCUGGGGCCCCCGGGGCCCCCCUGAGACUCGUGGUUCUGAAGCAGGUGGCACCAUCAGCAGUCCUUGCUCCCAGGCCCCCCCACACAGCCCAGCAGAGGGGGUCCCAGAGCAGGAGGGCACGGCUCCUAAACCUCCCAGCCCGGAGCACGGGGACCCUCUGAGCUUGUUGGAUGAUGAGGCCUCUUUCUCCCAGCUCUUCCCCCUGGGAGACCGCUUGGCUCGGAAGAAGAACCCCCGUGUCUAUGGGAAGCGCUGUAAAAAGUCGAAGCCCCCACCCCGGGUGGAGCCCAAUGGCCCCGUAGGGGGCAGUGUCACUCUGCCCUCUGCCCGCCUGCCCACAGACCUCAGCGACUCUGGCUCGCUCUGCCUGUCCCACGAGGACCCAUGGGGUGAUGAGGCCACCGAUCUGCCUGAGUCCUUCCUCCUGGAGGGCUUCCUCAACAGCAAGGUUCCCGGCAUUGACCCUUGGGCCCCAGGCCCCAGCCUGUGGGCCCUAGAGCCCCACCUGGAGACUAACCCCUGCUGCGCCGAGGACCACCCAUCGGAAAACAUCCCCAAGCUACACAUGGUCCCGGCAGCUUGGCGAGGCCUGGAGCUUCAGGCCCCCGCGGACGAGGUCACCUCUUCUCUAGGAGAUGCAAGCCCUGAGCCUCCCAACCUGGAGCGAGAACACUACGACUGCGGGGUGCCCAGGAGUGCUGCGGACCUGGACACACUGGGCACCAAACUGGAGAUACAGGACCCAUGCUUCCUGGGACCCUGUGAGGACCCUGUGGGUCUCCCCAGCACCAGCUUCUUGGAUGGCAAGGCCACGGCCGGUUCCCAGGGCCCACGGAGCAGGACAGAGGAGGCGGACGGAGCAAGAAGGGCCGCAGGCGAAGGCCAGUGUGCCAAGGCCAGGAGAGCGCCCUACAAGUGCAGGGUGUGCUUCCAGCGCUUCCACGGCCUGGGCGAGCUGGACCUGCACAAGCUGGCCCACAGUCCCUCCCCGCCCCCCACCUGCUACAUGUGCGUGGAGCGCAGGUUCGGCUCCCGAGAGCUGCUCCGGGAGCACCUGCUGGAGAAGCACGUGCAGAGCAAGGCGGGGCUGUGGGCCUGCGGCAUGUGCUUGCGGGAGGUGGCCGACGUCUGGAUGUACAACGAGCACCUGCGGGAACACGCCGUGCGCUUCGCCCGCAAGGGGCAGGCGCGGCGGUCGCUGGGGGACCUGCCCGCAUGCUGGGAGGGCGGCGGCGGCGUGGUCACGCACUUCCUGAGCGGCAUCGCGGGGCAGGCGUCCAGAUCCCGCCGGGGCAAGCGCUCCGUCGCCGGCAAGGCAGGCGGGGGCUGCGCAGAGGCGUCGGGGCCGGACGCGGGAGCCGGGAAGGCGUUCCCGAGGGAGCGGCCGAGGCCCCAGGCCCGCAGCCGCGGCUGCGACGCGGUCGGCGUCUCGGCGCAGGGCAGCCCGUCCGCCUGCGCGCGCCCCGCCCCGGCCGGCGGCGCGUCCCCCGAAGCCCGUCCCCACGGCGAGCCCCAGCUCCCGGCCGUCCCGGUGCACCAGGAUUGCAAGGACCCGGCCCGCGACUGCCACCACUGCGGGAAGCGGUUCCCCAAGCCCUUCAAGCUUCAGCGCCACCUGGCGGUGCACAGCCCGCAGCGCGUGUACCUGUGCCCGCAGUGCCCGCGCGUCUACUCGGAGCACCAGGAGCUGCGCGCGCACUUGGGCGGCGAGCACGGGCUGAGCGGGGAGCUGGAGCUGGCGCACACGCCGCUGUACGCCUGCGAGCUCUGCGCCAACGUCACGCACAUCAGCAAGCGGUCCUUCGUCUGCAGCUCCUGCAACUACACCUUCGCCAAAAAGGAGCAGUUCGACCGGCACAUGGACAAACACCGGAGGAAGGGGCAGCAGCCCUUCACAUUUCGCGGCGUGAGGAGGCCCGGCGCCCCCGGGCGGAAGGCUUCGGCCCGAGAGGGCACGCUGCCUAGCAAACGGCGCAGGGUGGCCGCUCCCAGCAGCCCCGCCAGGUCCAGCGCGGAAGGGCCUCUGUCCCAGAGCAGCAGCCCCAACCCGAGUGAGGGGUCCCUCCCAGCCCUGCUCCAGCCCUGCCCACAGGCAGCUCCCAGCACCACCGCCGGGCAGGCCGGGACCGCAGAGAGGCCCAUAGACCCUCUAGGCCUCCAGGAGCUCCUGCCCCCAUCCUUGUCUCCUUUCCCAGCGGCCUCGGCUGGUCACAAAGAUGGCCACAAGCCGGACCAGGCCCUGGAGAGCUCUGAGGAUGAGGCCUCCCCAGGCAGCCCUGAGCACCUCCUCCAGCAGGCUUUCCCGCUGGGAGGCUCUCUGCCCCGGCUGGGGACCGCAGACCAAGAGGUAGAAAAGAGGGCAGCUGGCCCAUUCUCAGGGAAACACAGGACCCCAAGUGCACCUGGAAAAUGUGCCCCUGACCAUCACCUAGAAGCCCCCUCUCUGCUCUGGAAGGAGAAGCAGCUAUCCACGUGUCUCUUGGUGCCUGCAGGGGCAACAGGGGGCCCCUCCCACAGAGGCAGUGCCCCCAAGCCUAGGGGCUGCGGGAGUUUAUCAAAGGACAGGUCAAGCUCAUCCACCCCCAACAAAGCACCCAAGAUCCCAGGACAACUGAAGAAGGCGGUAGCCAGCCCCGUGCCCAGAGAACCCCCCCGUGGCACUGAGGAGAGGCUGAAGCCCACCGCCCUCAAAGCCAAGCCAGGCUCCCAGGGUGCUGGAGGCCCCCGGCAGGGCACCAAAGCAGUGGGCGGCAGCCAGCCCCAACCAGCCAGUGGGCAGCUCCAAAGCGAGACAGCCACCACCCCAGCCAAGCCCAACUGCCCAGGCCAGGGCCCCGCCCCAGACAAGGCGCUCCCUCGAGCCCUAGCCAAAGGCUACCCCAAGGGGCCAAGGGAAGCUGGUGGCCAGGGGCUGCGAGGGAGCCUGGGCCCCAGGGAGGACACAGACAGCAGUGAGAAGAAGAGAAAAGGCCGGGCCCCGGAGCCAGCCAGGAGCGAAGGUGUGGGGAGCCUGGGCAAAGGCCCCUCGGCCCCUGAAAAACCCCCUCGGGCCCCCCGGAAGCAGGCAACUCCCAGCCGUGUGAUCCCCGCCAAGCCCAAGCCCAAGCUCAGGCCCAGUAGCCAGAACAGCUCGAUGCUCCCUCAGCCCUCAGAGGUACAGAAGCGGGAGCCCAGCCAUGCCCACGGGGACCUCAGAUGCAGAAAGGAGGGGCUGAGCAAGGCCCUCCCCCAGACAAGACCUCUACACAGGGCCCCCAGGAAGGGUGGGGCUCUCCACAGUGUGGAACCCCCUAACCCCCAGGCCUGCCGCACAGCUGAGUCCCAGAGCCACCUCCUCAGCCAGCUGUUCGGUCAGAGACUAACCAGUUUCAAGAUCCCUUUGAAAAAGGACUCUUCUGAGUAA